GCCUUAAGUUAAGUCUCAGCAUCACUGGUAACAGCUAACAUCUAGUUGGUAGUGCAAUUAGUUGGUUCAGGUGAAUAAAUAGAAACUGCAAAAAAUAUUCCAGAGGUCAAAUUUGAAUAAAGCCAGAUGAAAAUUCACAGAAGAAAAAUUCAAACACUAUGAAAUUCAGUAGCUGUUCCAUAUUCUUAGGUAUAAAAACACUGCCAGCAGCUUCCUGGUGUUAGCAUUGCCAUUGUGGAAAUGAAAUGCAUGCUAAGCUGUACAAGAACACAAGAGUAUCCCAUCAUUUUAACUCAGCGCUCAAUCAAAAUCCAGAAAACGGUGUUGCGGUAGCCAAAAUAGUCUAUGUGUAUGUACUGUAACUGUAAUUACUUAUCAUAUCCCAACAUGUCACAUGGACUUAUAUGCAGUGUUUUCGUGGGCGUGGCUUAGCGUGUUUGGGGAGUGGCUGGCUUGUUCUCACAUUUUGUCUUGUUCAUCACUACGACAGGCAGAGCCGAAGGCUGGACUCGUAUACCAAGUGUACUACAUCACAUUCAUUAAUUGCACCAUCUGUGGACUGUUGUUUAGCUUGUUUUACAAACCCUCCAAUCGCUAUAUUUAGCAGAAGGCGUGUGCGGCCAGCUGGCUACUUCUCACUCAAACUGCUUCACCAACUAGUUUUCUAAGUUGGAGAAAUAAACUUCUAGGAGACACGGCGAAGGAUACGGACACAUUUCUGAGCAAACUACGCGUACUGUUCGGACGAGCGGACCUUCUUCGUCGUUAUCAUUACCACUUUGUUACAGUUUUUCGUUUCCCUGCAUCCGGAGGGGGUGGAAAAGGAGGUGGACUCACGCUCAGCCGCCGGUCUCGUGGCUUCUUUGUAUACAGCAGCAGCUGUGUGUAAAUGCAUGGGCACACAGCGUCUACAGCUCCUUGAGGGACACCUUGUUCUGCUCAGUCCAAGCUUCAUGUGGGCUUUCUCAGACAUGAAGCGGUUCAACCAGGUGUAGAGGAGGAAUAUCAAAACUUUACCCGAACCCUUUUACCCCACCGCAGUAUCUCGUUUAGCCCAACAAAGCUUGGGUCAGUUUCACCGCCUCUCUUUCUCCGUCUCUCUCUCUCUGUGCGCUUGGAUUGUAAACGGCAGAAACAAAUUGAUCUCCGUGCAGAGUAGGCUACAGCUACAGUUGCGCGGCUCCCUCACACACCAUGGAUGUAAGGUUUUAUCCGUCUGCCGGUGGGAAUUCUAUUCCAGGAGAUCCACCGAACCUGGAUUUUGCCCACUGUUUGGGCUACUACAACUUCAAUAAGUUCCAGAAUAACAACAACUACAUGAACAUGGCGGAGGCGAAUGGUGUCCUGCUCACUGCUGGUGAUACCUUUCAUACACCCAGCCUGGGAGAUGAGGAGUUUGAGAUUCCUCCCAUUACACCUCCACCUGAGACAGAGUCUGGUCUGGGUCUGUCAGAAGUGGACUCACCAUUCCCAGCAAUGCCAGAGCCCCCGGUUUCACAUAGGGGUCCUUUAAUCCCUCAGUUCCCCCCUCAGAGCCUGGAUCUGCCAUCUAUUACCAUCUCACGCAACAUGAUGGACCAGGAAGGGAUGUCUGUCAACAGUGGCCAACCUGUGAAUGUUGGACCAGGACAUGUGCGUCAGUACCCACCCAACCCAGCCAUGGUGAUGAAGUCCAUCAUCAGCAUGAACAGCCCCAAUGGGAUGAUAUCACGAAAUCAGCUGACUACGAUCAACCAGUCCCAACUCAAUGCGCAGCUGAGCCUAAACAUGGCAGGACCAAACAUCAACCAUACUUCUCCAUCACCGCCUGCCAGCAAAUCGGCCACACCGUCUCCUUCCAGCUCCAUCAAUGAAGACGACCAGGAUGAAGGCAACAGGGUCAUUGGGGAGAAACGACCUGCACCAAUGGAUCCCACAAAGAAGCCCAAGACUCCAAAGAAGAAGAAGAAGAAGGAUCCCAACGAACCUCAGAAGCCAGUGUCAGCUUAUGCCCUGUUCUUCAGAGACACCCAGGCCGCUAUUAAGGGUCAGAAUCCUAAUGCCACCUUUGGUGAGGUGUCCAAAAUUGUGGCCUCCAUGUGGGAUGGCCUGGGAGAAGAACAAAAGCAGGUUUACAAAAGCAAGACAGAAGCUGCCAAGAAAGAAUAUUUAAAAGCCCUUGCUGCGUACCGUGCUAGCCUGGUUUCCAAGGCUGCAGCAGAAUCGGCUGAGGCCCAGACUAUCCGCUCAGUACAGCAGACCCUGGCCUCCACUAGUCUGUCGCCAGGCCUGGUGCUGCCGUCACCUCUCAACCAGCACCCCUCCAUGUCAUCAGCUUCACAGGCCCUCCAACAAGCCUUACCACGGGCCAUUGCUCCUAAACCUCUGCAGAUGAGACUAGGGGGCAGUCAGAUCGUGACCUCGGUUACAGUCUCCCAUCAGAACAUGCCCUCUGGGAUGCCACCGCAGAUGCUCGGCCAGAUGGGUGCUGGAGGGGCCAUGGUCGCGGGUGCCCAGUCCACAGCAGUGUCUCAGAUGAGCCCGCCCAUGCAACCGGUGCAGCAGCAUGCAAUGCAACAGCUCCAACAGCAGCAGCAGAUGCAGCAGCACCUCCAGCACCAUCAGAUGCAGCAGCAGCAGAUGCAUCACCAGCAGAUCCAGCAGCAGAUGCAGCAUCAGCAUUUCCAACACCACCUCCAGCAACAGCUGCAGCAGCACCACAUGCAGCAGCAGCAGCAGCAGCAACAACAGCAGCAGCAGCAGCAACAACAACAACAACAGCAGCAGAUGCAGCUGCAGCACAUGCAGUUGCAGCAUCAGCUGCAUCAGCAGCAGAUUCAACAUCUCCAGCAGCAGCAGCAACAACAACAGCAGCAGCAGCACCAGUCCCAGUGUUCCCCACCCCAGCACUCUCCAGGCACACCCCAUUCAGUGGGAGGCUCUGCAUCGUUGGGCAGCCCCCAGCCAGCCCCGCAGCAGCAACCACACCCCUCCCAAAUCCAAGCCCAUGCCCAGGUCCUGUCCCAAGUCAGCAUUUACUGAGCCAAAUGGAAAUCCCAUCUCAAAGAACAGGAAUAGAAUAAAAGCAUCAUUCCACGUUGCUUUUCAAAGUUGCACUUAAGAAGUGUGUAAGAUUUAGAAUGUUAUACAAAGAACUUGUCCAUUGUUAUAGACGGAUAUGCACACACUUGUACAGGAGGUAAACAUGUUAACUGGGUUUUUUUCUGUCACGGGCUUAGCUAUGACAGAAGCCUAUUAGAGCAGGAGCCCAGUGAUUGUUUAUAUGUUUGUUUGUGAGGUCUUUCAGCUGUCAAUUUAAACUGACUGGGCUCACAAUAUGUUGAAAGAUGUUUGUCUUUCACUGUUUUAUUUAACGAUAAAGCUUUAUUUAUGAGACCUGAGUUGUCAGUUCAGCGCAUCAGAAGGAUAUUUUGAAUGCGUUUCAACAAAAGGAUUUCUAUCAGCUCUUGCCUGGACUGAAUGACUCACAAGAUUCUUGCUGGAAACCAGUAACCCACACAUCAGUCUUUGUUCCCACACUGGCCGGUAUAUAGCAAGACUGUCUUUACUCCAACCUUUCUCUUUCACCCAUCAUUCUCACAGAUGUAACUGUUCAACAUUGGUACGGACGAAAGGGUUUAUCAAAUCAUCACGCGUUUGAGACCCAGUGGUAUUUGAAAACAUUAAAACUGCAUCGCAAAUGUAGGCAGUGUCGUGAAGAAUAAGCGGAACUAAAAAUUAAAGGUCUCUGGACACAGAGCUCUGGAUUAAUGACUGAACAGACUUUGACAGAAACUGCCAUUAAUCAUUUAUUUCAUCACAUCAUCAAACUGUUGCUGUAAUCUGCUGUACAUGUUUUGUAGAUUGGGGAGAGAUGAGACCUCCUUUAUCCAGUGAUCGACCCUCCAGAUGAUUUGCCCAAAAGUGUGUAACUGGCACCUCCCAAGAACAUCAUCUUUAAUCUAUUUGCUCUUAUGUCAGAUGUUUAACAAUUAAAUUAUGUUUUUAUUUUAUGUAACAAAGGUGAUAUUUUAUGGUAAAUACAAAUUUCUGGAUCAAGGUAGAUGGUUUGGGGACUGAUGUAUUUUUACUCUGCUUCUUGGUACUGUCAUUGUUUUAGAAAAGUAAAAAAAAAAACAAGAAAACUAGCAGAGCCAGUUUGUUGCACUG